CGCUGGUGCUGCAGAGUGAUAAUGAAAAGGGCGGAUACUUUGGCGUAACUUGUCCAAGCAACGGGUUCACUCAUUAAUCUCGGUUUAGUGUAAGUUCGGUCGGCGUUUGAAGAUACGGAACUAAACAUGUCGACUCUCUGAAGUCGGAGAUGAGAGCAGAACCUGCGCGUGCAUGGGACUCUGGAAAUAACACCAUUUUGGAGGAAUACAUUGACAUCACCUUUGUGGUGGCAAACAGCUUGGUGCUGUUACUGACCUCUGUCAUUGGAAUUGCUGCCAACAUUUUUGUGAUACUGGCAGUUUAUCACCAAAAGUCACUGCAAACUUCGAACAAUGCUCUGGUGGUGAAUCUUGCCAUCAUAGACAUCCUGCGGUGUGUAAUGGACUGCCCCAUUCUCUUGACCAUCGUUGUGGCUGUGUAUCGGUACGGACAUGUGGAGGAGAUGAUCUGUGAUGCUCAAGUGGCCUCUUUCUCUUUCAGCUGCUGUAUCCAGCUGUUAACACUGGCAUGCAUCAGUGCAGAAAGGUACCAGGCCAUUGCACAACCCUUCAAAAUUAGUCAACGAAGGAGACGGAUCAAAGUGCUGAUUCCUCUCACGUGGACCUUGGCGAUUCUGGUGGCUGUUUUUUGUCUCAUAUUUGUAAAGGACUCACCCGUGCACAUAAGGUGCAAAGGAUUACAGAGAGAAAUGUUAGCCUCCUAUGACACCUUUGGACUUUACAUGCUGUUCCCACUGUGGGCCGCCUGCUUCAGUCUUAUCAUUGGAUUCUAUGCUGGCAUAUUUGCCCUUGUGAGGUCACACAAUCGCAAAGUAUUCGACAAAGGUACUUUUCCACUUGCCAAGAAAGAAAAAACUGAAGAUAAACAAAAGACGGAAGAAACCACAAUUGUGGAAAAUGGAAAGUCUGAGGAAAAACAGACCUCUCCACCUGCUGCCGCGGUUGAGCCAGUGACUAAAGCUGAAGCGUGUUCAUCAAAGAAAGACUCUUCAACUGCUCCACUGACCCCAAUAAAACCUGCACAAUGUGUGUCUGGUUCAGAGAAAGAAUUGAUGAACACUGUGGAGAUAACAGACUUGGAAACAGAACAACCGUGCCCUCCUGCAAAGCAGGUUGCAGUGCGACUGCAGACGGAAGAGAAACUAUUUAAAACAGAGCAGUCCAACCCCAGUGCCACAGUGGAAGCAAAACCAUCAAAUGGAGGUGCCGCUGGCAGUGUUAAGAGCUCAACUACAGAGCCACAGAAGGUGUCAAGCAAAUUUAACACAGAAAACCAAACCAAAGAGAAAGUGAAAACUGACAAGGCGCCCACUGAAAUGACAGGAACCAGCCCCCGUGUUCCCUGCUCAGAAGAUCCUGAAUCUAUUGCUGUUUUACAGAUUAAACCGAAACAAGGCGAGGACAGAAGCGGAGGAGAAACCCCGGCUGUCACAGUAGAUCAAGUUUCUUCAUUACCUCCAGUCUCAGGCAAUGCUGCAGAAACACAGGCUCCCAAAGAUGACAUGGGGGUAGAUGGUGCCGUUUGCAUGAUGCCUUCAAAGGCAGGUAAAGAGAGAGCGAGCAAAAAGAAGGAAAGCAAAAUGGCGAAGCGUGCUGGUUACAUCAUUGUAACCUUCCUCUUGUUCUGGCUGCCGCUGAUCACGACUAUCCUGGUGAAUUUUGUAAUUCACAAAAACAAGAAUACACCGAAAAACAUCAUGCAGGAUGUGGAGAUCCUGUCAGUGUCUGUUUCCUGUAUCACAUCACUUAGUGAUCCCAUAAUAUACGCUGCAGUGAACCCACAGUUCCGCACAGAAUUUGACAGAAUAAGAAAAAAGGUUAAAACCGCAUUCACAUUUAAGUGGCACUAGUUACCAGUCAAUAUUCAUUAUAUAGAAUUGGUCUAUUCAUUGUUGGAACUUAAUUACAUUAAAUGCCACACACCCAAAGUGUGAUUUGUAUUUAGGUAUAUAGGAGGUUUACUAUUUUAUAUGCCGCUGUGUUAUCUCAGAUUUUAUGCAGGUUGACUUCUCAGCAAUUACUUAACGCUGCAGAGCUCAGGCGCUGCAUGCUGUGAGAAGCAGCCUCGACCAACGCAAUCAGCUCAGCGGGGAGGACGCUGCUGAGUUUUUUGUCAAACAACCGAUGAGGCCUGUGCGUCUGUCUCCAGAGACCCCACAGCCUGGACCCACCACUGGGCCAGUCAGGUCCUUACAUGUCCUCCAGCAUCACCUAAUUAUCAUCCCAUCUCUGCUAUUAGUGAUGCUGUUUGAGCAAUCAGGAGACAAACGUUAUAAAAUCAACCUAAUUGUGUUUUAGUUUUUAAAAAAAGACAUGGCUCAUUAAGUGGAUGUUUCAGUAGAGCUACAGUAUUUAUUCUAUCCACUCAACCAAAUGCACAAUGUGUGAUUAUUCGUCCUUCCUUACCGCUUUAUAUAUGUACUCCAUGACAAGAUUUGUAUUUCAUUAAAAGCAAAGUGUUGCAGAAUUUACAUAACAUACCAGCCUCGUUGUGUUUUCCUUUCUCCAGUUUCCAAUUUUUACUGACAAACCUCCAACAAGAAGAAGAGACAUACUUUUAAUAAAACAGAAUUCUGCAAUGACAGCAUGCAAAUCCUUAAUUCAACCAGGUAACAGACAGAAAGAGUAUGCCAACAACUGUCAACUAAAUCUAGAAAUUAGAGGAGCCAACUUCAAAUGCAGUUGAUAAAGUUCUGAGAUAUUUACAAUAUGAAAAAUGUACAAAAUGGCCUUUUGACAUAGUGAGAUCUUGACUUUGAAUGUGGUGAUAUAACAGGAAAUCAGUGGAAUCGAUGCUCAACCCUCUUUCAUUUGGAUGUACAGGUCAAUACUAUGCGUGUCCACAUUAGGGUUAGUAUUAGUUAAGUGUUGCAAAGAACAUUCACUUAUAUCUCUACCUUGUAACCUAACUAGUAUGUACCCUGUAUU